AUGAUUAAGGUCGCGGCGGUUUGCGGAUCCCUCCGCAAAGGCUCCUACAACCGCGGCCUCAUCCGUUCCGCUCACUCAUUCUCGUCGUCUCUGUUGUUGGGAAUUUGGAAAUUUGGGCGGAUGAAAAUGAAGCCAUAGAGAUGUGCGGAGGGAAUGGGCCGGUGGCCGGAAUGCAGAUCGAGCUCGUCGACAUCGCGCCGCUGCCGUUCCUGAACACGGAUCUCGAGGUGGACGGCGGCUUCCCGGCACCCGUCGACGCCUUCCGCAAGAAGAUCCUCCGAGCCAACGCCUACCUCUUCGCCUCUCCCGAGUACAACUACUCCCUCUCAGGCCCUCUGAAGAAUGCUAUUGACUGGGCAUCUCGAGCCCCAAAUUGUUGGGCGGACAAGCCUGCUGCUGUCGUGAGCGCAGGAGGGAACUUCGGAGGAGGGCGAGCUCAAUACCAUCUCCGUCAGGUCGGAGUUUUUUUGGAUCUUCACUUCAUCAAUAAGCCGGAACUAUUUGUCCACGCAUUCCAACCUCCGCCAAAAUUUGACAGUGACGGAAAUUUGAUUGAUCCAGACACUAAAGAGCGGCUUAAGCAAGUCCUAUUGUCACUGCAAGCUUUUACUCUUCGACUACAACAGUAAAAGUCAAAUUCGUCAGAAUCAUGGGAAAACAUUGCAUUUGGCUACAAACACAAGUUUUAUUUUGGGGUAUUCUCUGUUUAUUGUUUACACUCUAUUGCUCAAACUCACAUUGAAAGGGUCGUCGCAGAUUUUAGAUUUACUCGACUGUUUCUUUGUGCUUAAGAGUGUCAUGUUUGGUUAUUUGAACAAGUUGUCAAUAAAGCCCAAUUCCUUGUGUUA